AUGAAAGAGAUCAUCCAUCUCCAGGUUGGUUCCUCUGGGAAUAAUGUAGGAACCGACUUCUGGCAAACUAUCUGUGAAGAGCAUUCUAUUAGCCCUGAAGGACAAUAUGUAGGCACCUCAGAUCUAGACCUAGAGUGUCUCGAUGUGUACUUUAAUGAAGUAUGAGCUGGAAAUUAUCAACUCAGAGCUGUUCUAGUAGACCUUGACCCACGUACUAUUGAUAAUAUCAGAGCAAGUCCUCAUGGAGUGUUGUUUUAAUAAUGACAAUUAUAUCAUUGGGAAUAAAUACGAUUGAGGAUAUACUAGAUUUUCAAACAACUUUGCUCAUGGGUUUUACACUCAAGGAAACCUAAUAGAUGAACAAGUUCUUGAAGCAAUCAGAAAAGAAGCCGAAAAAUCAGAAACUUUGCAAGGUUUCCAACUCACCCAUUCAACAGGAGGAGGAACCGGUUCAGGAGUUGCGAUAAAUAUCUUACAAGAGCUAGAUGUAGACUAUAAUAAAUGAAUUAAACAGUCUUUUUCAUUGUUACCUGAUAUUUCUGAAGGAAAUUUAGACCCUCUUCAUGCAUAUAAUGCUAUUUUCUCUCUUUCUUUCAUGGCAGAUCUACUUGAUAUGACAAUGCUGAUACAGAACCGCCAACUAUAUAACAUUUGAUUUCAGAAUUUAAGGAUGGCAUCUCCUUCGUAUUCUGACAUGAAUAGCUUAAUAUCAUCAUGCAUGUCUGGAAUCUCUUCUGGGUCAAGAUAUCCGGGAGAAUUGAACGCUAGUCUGCGGAAAAUAUGAACUAAUUUAGUCUGAUUCCCACGAUUACAUUUCUUUACCCUCUCUGGAUCUCCUUUUCAAGCUCAAAAGUCUGAUCUUAAUAAGAAAUGUUCACCACGACUGAAUCAGCUUGGAGAUCCAAGAAAUUUCUUACUGAAUUGAAAUCCCAAUAUUGGAAAACUCUUCACUGCAUUUGCUUUUUUCAGAGGAAGUUGGGGUCAGGAUUCUAUUAAUUAUCAAAUACAAGACAUAUCUAAUCGAUCGCCUGGAACAGUGGCUGAGUGGCUUCCAAAUUGGAUCUCAUACUCUUGCUGAUCAACUCCUGGCAUAAGCCAGGAGCCAUCUGCAACUUUCCUGGGAAAUUAUAGUGGACUCUCUGAAAUUGUCAGAGCUCAUUGAGCCCAAUUCAUGAAGUACUUCAAAAAGAAAGCUUUCAUUAGAAAGUAUAUUGAAGACGGCCUUUGAGAAUUCAACUUCAUUGAAGCAGAGAGUAAUUGAUGUGACCUCAUUUCAGAGUACGAAUCAUACGCCAUGGCUGAUGUAGAAGACGAAGAUGAAUUUGACUCUGACUUUGAAUUUUAAUGUAAAAACUUCACUAAUUAAUCAAAAACAUUUUUAUCCAACCAAGCUGGCUUCUUU